AUGGAUACCGAUAAUGAGUUAAAUUUAUUGACAAAUAUCGACAACAAUUAUGAAACAUCAUCUACCAAUAAUACAAGAAACGAUACUUUUUUUCAACUUUAUGUUGCAAAAAAUACUCGUGAUACAUUUGAAUUUAUUGUAUUAAAUGAUCCUACAUUUAAAAACAAGAAUAUAAACAAAAAUCAAAAUGAAUUAACUGAUUCUGAUCAAGAACAACUUAGUAGUCUUGUACAAAAUGAAUGUAUUAUCGUGGAUCAAAAUGAACCGAAGAAAACUGCUUUUAUUGUACUCAAUGGUGAUGAUACAAUCUGUGGUCCACUAUUUGCUCUCAAUCGAAAUGAGCAAAUACAAACUGUUUUUGAUCUUGAUGAUAUGAGUAUUUAUCAUUAUGUUGACAAAUAUAUUGACGAAAUCAACCGAAUAGAUUCAAGUUUAUUUCCUCGAUUAGAAGAUAAAACCGUUUCGAAUGUCGUUCAAGAUUGGUCUACCGAUAUGUCGAUAGCUGAUAUUUCUUCAUCAACAAAUGACUUAAACUCAGAAAUUUUUGUUUCACCUAAUAAUAAAAUUGAAACUCAUACUUGGGAUAAUCAAAUUAAACAAAAAAUUCCUCAAACAAACAAACAUUAUACAGGCAAUGUAAUUUCAUCAUUAAUCCAAGAUUCUGGAAUCAAUCCUAAUAAUUCCAACCAUACAUCUGAAAAAGUAACUACAACUUAUCAGGAACAAACACAGAUUUUAUCGCAUGUCAUACGAGAGCCAGAACACCAUAUGCUACAAUACAAUGAAACUUUUAUUUCUUCUAAUACAGACAACAAUUAUCAAAGCAAUACAGUCCAACUAAAUGAAUCGAAUCGUGUUACACAAGCGGAUCAAAUUUCUGUUGAUACUUCAUCAUCUAUAUUAACUCAUUUAUCAACGACAACAGGAGUUCCUCAAAUUGUUCUUCCACAAACAUCAACACAAUAUUCAUGUAGAAAACCAGAAAUUGUCACCGAACCAAAACAAGAUUGGCAUCCUCGAUAUCCAAAAGAUUUAAUACCAAAACCAAAGAACAAAGUCAACAAAAACCCCAAAGUAAACCCAAAAUAUCAACGAAAAACAAAUAAACAUAUAAACAAAAAAGAACAAAGAAAAUUUAUUGGACUUCUACAAGGUGUUGGUGGUCAACGUUCUCACAUUCAAGUGAAAGUUCCUUCGAGAUACAUACAACCGAUUUAUCUUGCUAUUGCAGUUCGAACUAUUAAUAAUCAUUAUCAUUCUUCAAAAGUUAUCGUGCAAGAAAAGACAAAAGUAAACAAAGAUUUAUGUAACCAUGAAAACUACCUUAACUAUUUGGAAUUCGAUGAAUGUGAUCAAAAACAUUACUUCGAUUUAAAUACAAGGAAUGUUUAUAUGAAAAUUACCUUGAAAGAACAUCGACAACAAUUGAAAAAAGUACCAAUAUACAUGUUUAAUUUAUACCAAAACCAACGAUUAACUAAGGAUAUGAUUGAACGUGAACAACUUGACAAAUGUAAAUUGGCAUUUUGGUUAUGUAUUAAAGAAAAUGAAACGUAUAAACCUAUUUCUCCUGAAUCAUUAUCGUGUAUAAUUACAGAAAAAAAAAAGAAAUCCAACUCUUCUCGUUCUAUUACAUAG